ACGAUACAUAUAACGAACUGUGUAACUGCAGGAGAGAAAGAGUCUUCUUCUAAUGGAGAAGAGAGAAGACUUGAAGUCAAUUCUUCCAUAUUUACCCUUUUCACUCCGAUCAUCUUCACUUUUUUGGCCGGCGCCGGUAGCUGAAGCACUUACAGAUCUCUCGAAAGGUCCUCAUCACAGCAAAAUUGACUCCGGCGAAGUCCUCUUCAUUGCCAUUUCCGAUAUUCGAAACUCUCUCUCCCUCCACGAUUUUUCAAUUGAUACUUCUGCUUCUCAAGGUUUUGCUCUGUUCUUCGAUGAUUUGCUUCCUAGGGAUGAAGCUGCAAAAUGGUUCGAAGAAGUGGUGCCACAAUUGGCUAACUUGCUUUUGAGAUUGCCUUCAUUGCUAGAAACUCAUUAUGAGAAUGCUGAUGAUGGAGUUUUGAAAGGAGUUAAAACCGGUCUUCGCUUGUUGGAAUCACAAGAGCCUGGCAUUGUCUUUCUUAGUCAGGAAUUAAUCGGUGCUCUUCUUGCAUGCGCGUUGUUUUGUCUAUUUCCUACCAGUCAUAGAGGUGCCAAACAUCUUCCAAUGAUCAACUUCGAUCACUUAUUUGCGUGUCUACAUGAUCAUUAUGAAGAAGCAUUCAAAAAUAAAUUGAAGUGCAUUGUUCACUAUUUUGGGAGGAUAUGUUCAUCUAUACCCGUGGGCUUUGUGUCGUUUGAGCGAAAGGUUCUUUCUUUAGAAUAUAGUCCAUCUUGUAUUCCCUAUCCAAAGGAAAAAUUAUGGAGCCAGUCCAAUAUUUCCCUUUGCCAUUUUGAGAUUUCCGUUUCCGGAUUAAUUGAAGAUCAAUCACGUGAAGCUAUUGAAGUUGAUUUUGCUAACAUGUAUUUAGGAGGUGGUGCUCUCGUUAGGGGCUGUGUGCAGGAAGAAAUUCGAUUUAUGAUCAAUCCAGAGUUAAUCGCUGGCAUGCUUUUCCUACCGUGCAUGGCAGACAAUGAAGCGAUAGAAAUUGUUGGUACGGAAAGGUUUUCAAGUUAUACCGGGUAUGCCUCUUCAUUCCGGUUUAAUGGUGACUAUGUCGACAAAAAGGAUAUUGAUGUUCUUGGAAGGCGUAAGACUAGGAUAGUUGCAAUAGAUGCACUGUGCUGCCCGGGAAACAGCCAGUACCGACUUGAAGGCCUUCUAAGGGAGAUUAACAAAGCGUUUUGUGGCUUCAUGGAUCAAUGCAAGUGUCAUCAGUAUCAACAGCUUUUCAAAGAUGAUCAAACUGUUAACGCCACUGGUGGAAGGUCCAUUGUUAAUCUUCUGUCACUUGGUCAUACUUCAACUUCAUCUCGAGCAACCGUGGGAACAUCAGGGAAUCAGUUAGCCAGAAAUCACGAGGGGCACAAGUGUCAACCUUUAGACAAUAUUCAGCAUGAAAUUGGUGUUGUGACCGGAAAUUGGGGUUGUGGUGCUUUUGGAGGAGAUCCUCAACUUAAAGCUAUGCUUCAAUGGAUUGCUGCAUCUCAGGCAAUGAGACCUUUCAUCUUGUAUUAUACAUUUGGACUGGAAGCAUUGCAGAUGCUGGAGCAGGUGACUCAAUGGAUUGUUUCACAUAAGUGGACUGCAGGGGAGCUUUGGAAUGUGUUGGUGGAAUACUCAUCUCAGAUAUUGAGGGAAGAAACUAGAGUAGGCUUCUUCAAUUGGCUCCUUCCUUCAUUGUCUUCUCACAAUGACAUGCUCAACGAUUCCUAUGAUGAUCGAACAUGUUCGUGCUGUUGAGCUUAAUAAUAUUGUUGCUCGGUGCUUGUAUACGCCAUUUCAUUGUACUGUAUUAUAAGGUGAGAUGUGUCAUCAUGGUUCGAUCAACAUUCGAACUUGAGACCGACCAUGUGAAGCUCACAUAGGAGGAGUUUUUGGUUAGAUGAAGUUCUAGUUGUUAUUAUUACACUUAUACUCUAGUCAAGUUAGAUACUUGUAUAUUGUAAUAUUGUGGUAUAAUUGAUUGAUUGGUAUUUUAAUUGGGUGAAAGGUUUGAAAGGAAGAAAAGCUA